AUGACGACAGGUGAGGAAGCUCGUUUAGUGCCUGUAACCAAUCUUGGGCUUCUCCUAGGCUCAUCCCAGAGAGAUGCAUCACCAGAUGCUGUAAGGCUGAGAGAUUUCCCAAUUGGGGAGGAAUUGCCCCAAAUAAACCUGCACUACAAAGGGUACUUUGGGGUGCUUUUCCAGGUGAAAUACUCAAGGGAGCCCGAUAACCCUACCAAGUCCUGCAAAGCUAGGGGAUCUGAUCUCCGUGUUCAUUUCAAGAACACAAGGGAAACAGCACAUGCCAUCAGGAAGCUGCCUUUAGCGAAGGCUAAGAGGUACUUGGAGGAUGUUUUGGCCCAUAAGCAGGCAAUUCCGUUUACACGUUUCUGUGGAGGUGUUGGGCGUACUGCUCAGGCCAAGAAUAGGCAUUCAAAUGGACAGGGUCGCUGGCCAGUUAAAUCUGCUAGCUUCAUUUUGGAUUUGCUCAAGAAUGCUGAAAGCAAUGCAGAGGUGAAAGGCUUGGAUGUGGAUUCACUUUUCAUUUCGCACAUUCAAGUGAAUCAAGCACAGAAACAAAGACGCCGCACAUAUCGUGCCCAUGGAAGAAUAAACCCCUACAUGUCUUCCCCCUGCCAUAUUGAGUUGAUUUUGUCCGAGAAGGAAGAGUCUGUCAAAAAGGAGCCUGAAUCUCAGUUGGCCACCAGCAAAUCUAGGAAGGCUUGAGCUAUAUGUAAUUCUGCUUUCAUUGGCAAUGGCUUUAGGGGAUUCUACAAAUUUUGAGGCAUAUUGUUACUUAAUGCUAUUGGAGGUUGCAAGACAAGUUUGCUAGUGUUUAAAUUCAAAGGGUUCAUUCAAACACAUACUUUGACUUGUAGAGACAGCUUUUUGUUCUUCAUGAUUGUCGUCUGGCUUUUUUUGGGUUGGAUGUUAUGGUAGUGUUGGACUAUUUAUCAAGGUGCACUUACUGGCUGUCUCUAUUAUGCUGUCACACCCUUAGGACAUGGCAAUUUGUUAGGUGCUGGAAGAACUUUUGCAAGGAUGAUUGAGUGAUCGAAUUGCUACAGCAAGUACUUAA